CUCAAAUUGUGCACUGCAGUCAGCAAAUACGAUCGCCAAGAAGUACGCGGAAGAUGGUGGGAAUAGAGGAAAAUAUAAAUGUUUCCUGGGCGAAUUCGAAACCCCUCUCGUUUGGAAAAAUAUCAUUGGAUUGGUGUUUUUUCAUGCAGUUGCGGUUUGUUAUAUUUUUAUGCAUGAUUAUAAAAAGCAUCCGUGGACUAUGGUUUAUGCAUAUUUCAUUUAUAUAUUGGGUGGAUUCGGAGUAACUGCUGGAGCGCAUCGCCUUUGGACUCAUCGCACAUACAAAGCUAACACAAAGUUGAAAGUUAUACUGUUGCUUUUUUAUUCUAUGAGUGGAAUGUAUUCGGUGGUAGAUUGGGUGCGUGACCACAGGGUUCACCACAAAUAUUCAGACACCAACGCCGACCCGCACAACAUCAACAGAGGAUUGCUGUUUGCCCAUGUUGGUUGGCUUUGCAUGAAAAAGCACCCCGAUGUAAUCGAGAAAGGACGUCAAAUGAACAUGAGCGACGUAACAGAUGAUCCAUUGAUUAGAUUCCACACAAAGUACUACCAAUGGUUCCAUCUGUUCUUCUGCUUUGUGUUUCCCGCAAUUAUCCCACCAUUGCUUUGGGGUGAACCAUGGAUGGUGUCCAUUUUGGCCAAUUCGUUUGUUAAAUACGUCGCGCUGUUAAAUGCAGUUUGGACUGUGAACAGUUUAGCGCAUUACUAUGGAAACAAACCGUACGAUAGAAACCUACGACCCACUCAGAACUUACUAGUGGCGUUUCUGACAAAGGGAGAGGGCCACCAUAACUUUCAUCACGCUUUUCCUUGGGAUUAUAGAGCAUCGGAGUUUUUGUAUAUAUUCCAUAUCACGACAAUAGGCAUUAAUCUAUUUAAUAAACUCGGUUGGGCAUACGACUUGAAAACCGUUUCGCCUGAGGUACUUCAGAAGACUGUUGAACGAUACGGCGACGGCACUCACGAACUAAAUCAAUAUAAGGAGCUACCGUCUAACGGUUUUUAAUAGUUGAUUAUGUAAUUUACUGUAAAAUAUUUUUCUUAAAAUAUAUGUAUAUUUGUUU